AGUGUCAAUGCAUACAAAUAAAUCAAACGGCACAACGUACCCCAACCAAUAACAAGUUACCUGACUGCCUAGGCGGCUUGCACCCGUGAGCACAACGGACAGAUGACCGGGCAUUAAUUUUUUGUCAAUCAUUUUACAAGACUGAUUCGCACUGGAAUAAAUACUUGUGGAAAUAUAUGUACUUAAGAUGUGGUGCCCAAUUAAGAAAAAUAUUUAUUUCAUAUUUUAGCUAACACAAGUUUAAGGCAAAACUUGGAUCCCUGUAAUCUUCCGAAGCAAAAACGCAAUCUAAAUAUCUAAACAAGUUGAACGAAAUAUUUUUAAGAUGGACGAUAAUAUUAUCAAACAUUUUUUCCAAUUGGCCCUGAAAGGAGGUGGUGAGGCGACAUUGGCAGUAAAAUCCCAAUGGACUAACAAGGCUAACCUCUUAGCACAUCAGGAAUACUUUAUCCAGUUGGAAAAUGAAUAUGCUGCUAAUUCAGAACAGCUCUUCCACUCCACAGUCACACCCACGCAUCGUGGAGGUAGCAACAAGGGAAUAAAAUUGCUGGAGAAACAUCGUGUCAACAUUGCCACCUUGUUGGAUCAUGUCAACAACGUGAUUGACGGCAAGUUCUUUCUCUGUCGUACAAUCUCUCCCACGUCAAAGAUGACAGGAAUCAUGCUAAUUGUUGAGGAUCCUGAAGGCGAAAAAGCUCUUCGACUCGCCCUAUACAAUUAUUCUGAAUUGACGGGUGACAAUUUGAAUCUUCUCUUCCCCGUGGGAUUAAUCAUGGCUGUGAAAAGUCCAUUCCUCAAGGUGGGCAUGGACGGCGGUCUCCUUCUCCGUUGCGAUAAUCCUGCCAACCUUAUCAUCAUUUCGGAAUCAAAUUUUACCACCAUGUUUCCAAAUCUCGGCUGGAAGGGGACCAUCGAGGCGAAAUAUCUGCUCAAAACGAAGAAAUCAGCAAAUGAGGAGAAGGUCGUGCAAGCGAAAAACUCUGGAAACAAGGCAUUCAUCGAGAAGAAAUAUUUUGACGCGAUUCGGUUCUACACGGAUGGACUGGAGCUUUGUAAAGAUGUGGAGGUGAAAAUCGAACUCUUAUCAAAUCGAGCCGCUGCUUAUAUCAGUCUUGGUUGUUAUCGGGUCGCACUUAUCGAUGCUACCGCCGUUCUGCAGCGAGAUCCCGGCCACAUCAAAGGAAUCUAUCGAAAUGUGCGGGCUCUCUGGGGACUCGGUCGGUACGAGGAAGGAUUGACCUUUCUAAAAAGAAAAUUUAAGAAAAUCCCAGCUCUCAAGAAGGAAACGGUCCUAUCCGAUCUGCAAAAUUUGGGGGAGCAGUUUGUCAUCCAACAUGAAACUGGGAUCUACGACAUGGCAAACAUUAUCAAGACAAGUGAUCAUGAUAAUAAGAAUCCUGACUUGGCCGAAUUUAUGGGGGCCUUGGAAAUUGCAGAGAUUCCGGGAAAGGGUCGCGGCCUCGUGGCGAAGAAAGACUUCAAGGCUGGCGAUCUUCUCAUGUGCUGCAAAGCUUUCGUUAACUACAAACCCGACCAAGAACCCAACGGGGAUAUUCAUUUAUCAGUGGACACGUUGGCGAAAAAGAUAUCAGAUCACGACUUUGUCAUUGCGGGCAAAGUCGCGCAGAAAAUUUCACUUGAUGCUGAAUUGGGGACGGAAUUUUAUGAACUUUUCGCUGGCCGAGACUUUGACACAACUCAAGAAGAAGAUGACGACAAUAGGAUCCACCGGAUCGUGGCGAUCAACAGUUUCUCUCCUCGAAAUACCGAUUCGACCAUAAAAAUCAGCGGGGUUUGGAUUACUCCUUCAUACUUUAACCAUUCUUGCAUCGACGCCAAUGCUUUGUGGACGGUUUACGGGGAUUUCAUGUUCGUUCGUGCCGUGGUGCCGAUUCGUGAAGGGGAAGAGGUCACCAUUUCGUAUACGAAUACAGAGAGGGAUUUUUCAGCGAGGAAGGCUAAUUUUAAAGAUUUGGACUUUACAUGCUCCUGCCUCCUCUGUGAGAUUCAAGAAGGUGAAGAGGCAUCAACCAGGGAACGUAGGAAGCAGGUCAUGAAAUCUAUUAAGUUUGCCGCGCUGGGGGACUUGUGUCCAAAAAAUGUGAGGAAGAUACUCAAGAAUAUUUCAGAGUUGGAGUCACUGCAAAAAAUCUACCCAAAGUUGCACGUUUUUUUCAACGAUGAAAUAUUUACCUACUUGGGAUCCAAACUCGCAGAGGCAGGCAUGUUCCGAGAUUUUUUGUUUAUCAUGGAAAAGAUUCACUUCGUCACUGAAGAUUCGGUAAUGUGUAUGAGUGCUGUGGCAGCAUCUUCGAAUAUUUUGGGGGCUCAUUUACUCAGUGAGGCGGCGAACGUGUCAGUUAUUAAGAAGUGGAUCAAGAUUGUGAAGCAUGAUUUGAUUGUGGCGUAUGGAUGUCUCGAACCGAUGCGGAUUCAGGCGCCUAAUAUUUUGAAGAGAUUGAAAACCAUGGGGUUUAAGUGGUAAUAAUAUCACCGUGAUUUUGAUUGAUGACUCCUUCUGGAUAACUGCUUUCAUUUUUUGGUUUAAAAUUUUCCGUAUAACUCCAUUUUUAUGAGUUAAAUAUUUGAUACACAUGUUGAAUUACUUAUUCAUUUUGAUUAUACAUAAAAAUAAUAUAGAGUAGUGACCUGAUUUAUAGAUGUAGUAGUAAUGUAUGACACUGUCUAAAUAAUGUGACCGCCUGACGAGGUCAGAAAUAAAUAUGUGCGAAAAUGGUUUUCAUAAUCAA